CUGAGGGCGGGUGGGCUGGACCACGGGGAGGAGAUCCCCAUGGAGGCGGAGCCACAGGACAGGAGCCUCGAUGAAGGAGCUCUGCCCUCUCUGUGUCUGAAGCAGGUCUACCCCAAAUACACCAAACAGUUCAACUACCUGCGGCUGGUGGAGCGCAUCGCCGCGCUCUUCAUCCGCUUCCUGGGGGUCAAAGGCAACAUGCGGCUGGGCCCCACCGCCUUCAGGACCUUCAUCAGGACCUGCAAGCUGAGCAACAGUAACUUCUCCAUGGCCUCAGUGGACAUCCUGUACAUAGACAUCACACGCCGCUGGUCAGGGACAAUGGCUGACUCUAGAGAAGCAGGUAUGGGACUCCAAGCCUUUGUGGAGGCCUUCUUCUACCUGGCGGCUCGCAGGUUCAAGUCCCAGCCUCUGAGGGAGCAGGUAGCCUCGCUGCUGGAGCUGUGUGAGGCCCAGCUGGAGACCCCCCCCCCGGGCGGAGAGGAGAGGCGCUCGGUGAGCUGCAGCAGGGCCCUGCCUCGCUCCAUCAGGACUCAGACCCUCCCCCACCCCCAGCUCUCCUCCCCCGGACCCCUGCGCCGGGCCACCAGCCAAGACUACCGGCUGCACCAGAGACUCAAGCCUCGCUCUCUCAGGGCCAACCUGGAGAACUGAGGGAGGGGGGGGGCUCCAGCAUGAGGUCCACACCCAAACCACGCCUGUAGCCCUCUCCCCAGGAGCUGCAACAUCCCCUCCUCUCAGCUCCCACAAGCAGUGCAUGAUGGGAGAUGAGAGGAGGACCCCUGCUGGCUCACUUUGCGGGAGCACCGUUCUCAGCCUGAUUGCUUGUUCUCCAGAGGGGGGAGGUCUGCAGGGGGGAGAGCUGGAGAGGAAAUAGAACAUGGAAUUCCAGAAGGUUGUUGCAUUUCUUCCCCCCCCCCCUGCUGACAUCAUAUAUGAACAGUGUGGUCUGGUCAGGAGGGGCUGCGUUCACUAAAUGUACUGAUUCUACAGGGCAGCUAUUCGCUUCCCUUCACCUCUCACUGAGACUAACCCGAGACGCUCCAGCUUUACUCUCAAUGGGGAUGCACGGUUUGAAUCAUCUUCAGCCCACGAAGAUAACCCACAAAUCUAUGCUUCGUACAGCCGAAGCCAAUAUUCACAUUUUUGUAUUUUUAAAAGAACUUCAUAUGCAAACCUGAAGAAAGGCUAAGAUGUAUUUUUAACAUAUUUAAAAUUAAACCAAAUCUAACAUCACUAUUAUUAACUCCACUAACAGUUUGACACUUUAAAUGUACUUUUGUUUUUUUAAGGACAAAAGUACAUCAAAAAAACAUACUUUUAACUUUUUCCAGAGAAUUUAAAUGAAAUGCUUUGAUGUAAUCUGGCAAAUCUUCUUCUGCUCCUUCUCCUUCAGAAAGCUAAAACCUUUCCCCUGAUUGGCUGAUGAUUGAUCGUCCCCCGUACAUCGUGCAUCCUUAGUUUCACCCACAAUAACUGGGUGUGAGGGAGUGUCCUUAUAUUCUUGAAUUUGCACAACAACUCUAUGACAUUUGCACAGAGAUGGAUGAGAGGGUGACCGAGCAUUUGUGUGAGCACAAUGUGUGUGUCAGAGUGUGUGUGUGUGUGUGUGUGUGUGUGGUGUGUCAGAGUGUGUGUGUACUGUAUUUAUUUGUGUUUGGCUCGAUGAUGAAAGCUUCUUUACAGCCGUGGCUCAGCUCCGUGAGCCCGUUAGUGAUGAGUUAAGUGAAUAAGUAUUCAAAGGGAAAAGGCCAUGCCACCACUUAUCCUCUUUUUCUGCAGCUAUUCCAGUCAGGCAGCCUUCAGACCUCCAGUUGUGAGGAUGCUCUCUCUCUGAAGGCACACAGUUGCUUUUGGGAAUUGAUUGUUGCAUGGCAGGAAUUGUCACAAUUAAACCAGAUGCAAUGUUUAUUAAUCAAUCGGAUAGCUUUUUGUAGUAAAACCUCAUCCUGUGUAUAGUGGCUCCUCACAACAUCACAAUACGAUCAUGGCUGUUAUUUUAAGUUAUUUACACUACAGCGACUCACUGAUCAUUCAUAUUUGAAUUGUACGUUUGUUUCUUUUACAUGCAUUUGUCACAUGCAGACUGACAAUGAAGUGUGACGUGUUGCACUAAAGAACAAUCAAACUGUAGCAGAUGCAGCAGGAACCUGUUUAACACAUGAUGUGUUGAAUGUUUCCACGAUGCGUACUGUAGGACUAACAUUCUCUGCAGUAUGUUUGUUUCUAUGAAGUAGAUAUGAGGUUAUUAACAGUGAUUGAUCAUAUGAAUGAAAUGUAUUCAUAGCACUGCAAAAUAAUAAAAGUAAUUUUGCUCUUUGAA